CAGAAUGAAGUUUUAAUAUGUCUUGGAAUAAAUCUUGAUGAUGACAAUGCGUUCAUGCAUCCUAAAGAAGUUUGCCAAAGAUGUUAUUCUGCAUUCAAUAAGUUCAAAAAUUAUCAAAGACCAAUUACAAAGGAAUUAAAUGAACUCAUUAAAGAAAUAAAUUCAAAAUGGAAAGUACAAUCAGAAAAACAAGAAAAUUGCUGGCUGUGUCAGGAAUAUGUUAGAAUUCGCAAUCCAAUGGGCCUGAAAAGAAAAGCAGUAACAGACAAUGAUAUGCUUGAUACUAGUACUGGAUCCAGCUUCAAUUUUGAUGAAACUAAUCUAGACCUCUCAAGCAGAUUCAUGUGCAGUACUCCCAAAAAGCGAUGCACAAUGACGACAACAUCGGUUUCGGCACAAGUGACUCCCAGUCGUGGUAGAGAGACUACAAUCAAGGAUAUAAUUGAUUCAAAAACAAUCAAGGACCCCUUAUCUGUAUGGGAAGAAAAACUAUUAACUAGUCUAGUACGUCGGAAAAUGAAGCAUGGUCAAAAUGACGGGGAGCUCAUCUGCAAAACUGGAGGAAAGGUAAGAAAACAAUAUUACCACAAGCACGACUAUUAACUUGUAUGUCAAACUGUUAUUCACAAAUGAAUGGAUUAUAUCUUUGU